CCGCCGGUGAAGGCGCGCGCACGGGGAGGUGGCGGGGGGUUGUGCUCGCUCCCGGCUCCCGGUGCUCUCUGACCCCAGCGGCGGCUCCGUCUCACUGCACCGAGACUCGCUCUCCUUCUGCCCCGCUGUCCGCCUGCGUCUCUCUCCCUCCUCUCCGGUUCUCCCCCUCUCUCUCUCACUCUCUGUGUCUCCCCCCCCCUCCUCCGCUCUCUUGUCUGGUUUCUAUCCACAGGAGAGAGGUCCCGCCGGGUCGAAGGUUCUGCCCUGCCCGCCCAGACUGCCGCAACCUCCGGCUGCUGCUGCCGCCGCCGCCGCCGCAUGGACCCGCGUCCCUCCACCUCCACCGCCGCGUAGAGGGCGACCCCGACCCGACACUCCACCUCCGGCCAGAUUAAAACAAAAAAAACCCCGCUCAGAAAAACCAACCUCACCGCCAAAGACUGCAGCUUGUCGUGGUUGAGUCGGUCGGCCGGGUGGCUGCUGCUGCUGGGAGACUUUCCCUGGGCUUGUUGAGCGGCUCUGAAGGAUGACUGCUGCACGGCUCGCUGCUGAAUCCCGGUGAACGAACGGCGUCUCAUGUCCAAACGGCGGAAGGAUGGCUCAUGGCAAAGUGACCAUCACGGUGGACGAGUACAGCUCCAACCCCACACAGGCCUUCACACACUAUAACAUCAACCAGAGCCGCUUCCAACCUCCACAUGUCCACAUGGUGGACCCCAUUCCAUAUGAUACUCCCAAGCCGGCGGGACACACCAGGUUCGUGUGUGUGUCUGACACACACUCGCGCACAGACGGCAUCCAGAUGCCCUACGGCGAUGUGCUGCUGCACAUGGGCGACUUUACCGAGCUGGGCCUGCCCUCCGAGGUUAAGAAGUUCAACGACUGGCUAGGUGGCCUUCCAUACGAAUUCAAAGUGGUGAUCGCCGGGAACCACGAGCUGACCUUUGAUAAGGACUUUAUGGCUGAGCUGGUGAAGCAGGAUUACUACCGAUUCCCCUCAGUCUCCAAACUCAAACCAGAGGACUUUGACAAUGUCCAGUCGCUCCUCACAAACUGUGUGUACCUGCAGGACUCGGACGUCACCAUUAAGGGAUUCCGGAUAUACGGGACGCCAUGGUAA